AUGCGCGCAAACAGACGUGCUGCGGCGGCAGCUCAAACACCGCCCCAGCCACAAGGCCCAUCAGGCCAGCAACCUGGCUACCCGCGUCAGCACUCGGGCCCACCAGAGCCACCCAGGCACCGCCCCUGGGGCCCUCCAGUGCCCUCGCACCUGGGGCAAUAUUUCCCCCAGCCCGCGCAAAACAGGUUCGCGCCCCUCACGCAGGAGCCUACGUACUGCGAGACGGAGUGGCCUGUCUACGCAAACGACUACCGGCCACGCCGACAGCACCAGGGCCAGCCCAAGCCGCAUUUCAAAAAACACCCGAGCGGCCACAAGAAUGGCAAGGGUGCCCCCCGCCAACCGCGCCACACACCUGCGACUCCUGCACCGCAGCCACCGGCCAAAACGCCCAGCAGGCAGCAGCAGGCCCCCACUGCUCAACCACAGCAGGCCUCGCCUGCACCUGCCGACACAAUGGCAGUCGUUGCCACCCCUGGGACGUCAUUGGCACCCCAGCCCACCCCCGCGCCCACACCAAAACAACCAGUGCUGGAGGACUUCCUGCAGGUCUUGGAGAAAUCUGAGACCUUCAAGUCAGACCCCAACCUGGCAGCGACCAUCAUGCCAAUGUGCCAACUCAUGGCCAUAUGGUGCAAUCCGCAAACGGAGCUGCCAGAUAAAAUACAAGCCACAAUGGGCUUCGUAAAGCCCUGA